UUCCCUGUUUAAGGACUUGAUCUUUAGUGCCUCUUCAGAUAGCGGUAUGCUAAAUGCAUAUGGUGGUGAGGUUUGGAAGUGCAAUUUCCGAAUAACUGCUGCUACUGUAGUACUUACUACCCUUCUAUUUCGGUCUUAUUCUCGUAUAAGAAAUUCGCGCCCUUGACAAAAGCCUCACACCUUCAACUUCAAGCACCUCCCACAAACAACCUCUUCAUUACUCCCCACGAGGCCGAAGCUUAUCUUCAUUCAAUCUAAUUCCAAUGUCCUCGAUCUCGGAUUCUAGGAAGCAAGAUGAGGCACAGCUGCUGCCUGCUUACGAGGCGUUACCACGCGAGGAACGCGGUCUCUCUCCCGAUGCAAGACGACUGUUCUGGUCGUUGAAUGGACCUCUCACCACCUCUCUCUGGAUCAUGGAGACGCGCAAAAUGCCCGAGUCUCGGAAGCCGUACUUCCGACAAACCACAGGUGGCGAUGCCACCACGAGUCUGCAUCCAGCCUCUCAAACACCGCUCACAGAGCCUAAGGUCUCCUCCGUCACAGUCAGCGUUGACAAACUCGAGAGGUGGGAUGAGGACUGGUAUGGACUGCAUCGCGAGCAUUGGGACGAUAUCGAUCCUGGCACCGCCAAGGAGUUUACGGAUGAGAACGGGGAAAUCACGGAUGCCUGGGGUGCUCUUCCCGAUUUCAAUCCAGACGAAGACGAGGAUGGAACAGUGCAUUUGUUAAAAUGCUGUGGAAUAGAUCGACCCCGCGGAAAAGCAGCCAAACUGGUUGCCAAGCCAGAUGCAUCAUCAGGAAGGAACUUUGUCACAAUACACGACUAUGUAUCUGCUGUGCAUCCUUGGCUUAUAGAGCUACGCGAAGAUAUCUUGGGUGCUAAAGGACUGGUUGAGAAUGACAAGGAACCUCUACCAUCUGAGACGAAGCUCAUGGUGGACAGCUUUGAUCCGUAGGCUGAGAAAUACUGAGGAGGAAUGAAUUCAAAGCGUUAUUUAUGUGAAGUGGACUCCGCUUCCACCUGCUCCAGACGAUGGAAGGGGUGAUUAUCUGUAUAGCAAGAGGCUGAAACAGCAUAUACCUACUGGCGACACUGUAUGAGUGUUCAGGAAAAGAGACUUAGAGCUUUGAUGGCCAUGUAUCGAUCGAUGAUUCUUACUUACUUUAAGCAUAUGCAGGACCUAUCUGGCCAAUUUAAGAGCUAUCACUUUCAUGAUUCAGCUCAAUUGUGGAGGUCCUGAGCGACAAUGAAUCAAC